AUGUUGGGGAUCUAUGUAAACCUACUUCUACUUACAGUACUCGCUUCGGCGGUAAGUUGAUCUUACUGCUUGAAUAACUUGGAAUAACAAUUGUAAUCAUUCUUAUUUUAGGAGAUAAUUCCAAGUAAUGUGCUGCAUAAACGACAAGCAAAGAUGGAAAUCAAAAAGGUAAGAGAGCUUGGGCUUGAUCUCUGUCUAAAUCAUGAUAAAAAUAUUCUCUUACAAUGUUAGAUCUUUGUUUCGGUACAAAAAAUCAAAAAUUAUAUUGUACUAGAUGGAGUAGGGGGAUAAAUUCAAGUGUUUUAGAAUCAUAGACUACUUUAAAAAUUUUGUAACGUAAAAAAUAUUGUAUCUUUAUUGUAAACGAGUUUUUUUUUUGAAAGAUAUGAUCUUUCUUCUCGAUUCCGAAACAUUUUUCGAGCAGGAUCAGAUUUCGGAUGCCAGAAUCCUGUUGCGAACAUGUCAUGUUUACCCAAAUUUGUUUGAAUAUUCAUUUUCAAUACGUAAGAAGUGAUCCCAAAAAUACAUAAAAUAUUCGUCAUCAACCAAAUUACCAUGUAUAAAUAUCAUAUAAAUUGUCCAAUUACCGAAAACAUCCUUGAAUUUGAAUAUUUAAAUUACCUCGAGUUUCAAGUUAGACGAUUUACUAUUCAAUUACUAUAAAUUUUUGAGCAAAUUUCCAACGCGUGGAAAAUAAAAAAUUAAUAAAAAGAAGCCUUAGAAAUUAGAAAUUUUAGAAAUGUGCAGAUCUGCAAUUUGCGUAAUCUUAAACAAUCCUCUGCAAUUUGAUUAGCUCUAAUCCGCAAUUCCCAAAAAAAUUAAGUCGGUUCUUUUCAGGAUAACCUCGGAUAUUCGGACGAGAUGUUUAAUAUCGACACUUUGGCCGGGAUUGGGCUUGGCAAACGGUCCAGUCCCACUCCAACCCGCCCCAGAUAUGCUCUGAUUGUCAAUUUGGAAGACCUCGUGGAAGGUUUGGACCGAUCGGCACAGAAAGUUCGAGCUCGAUUUAAUAGAUUCCAUGAGAUCUGA